CAUGAAGGUUCCUAAGAUACACCAACAAAAGGAGAUCUUUAAAACCACGAAUAUCUUAUCUCCAUCGACUAGCUUACUUCCAUCUGCCAAAUGCAUUGUUGUUAUUCCAUUAAAGUCAAAUUUAACAAACACUGGCGAGAUCCUUCCUGCUCCUGCCACCGUCCAAGCCCUGCAGGACAGUUCGCCCUUCACUCCACUAGAGUGUGCAUGUGGACCCCGCUUCGUCCACGGGAGUGUAUCAUGUCAAAAGAGGAAUGUUAAUACAAUGAGGGUCUGUGUAUUGUAGUUCCGCUAUUGCCUCGGUGCACAACACGGACAAACGAUUGUCAAUGGACUAUGUGAGACAGAUCUCAAUCGGUUUAUGCAACGGCUUCCUGCGCUUCGGCUGCGUGAUUUCAUUUUUUAUUUAUUUUUUUUUUCACUUGCAAUUUGCUAUCAGAGCCUUCUCAUCCGGAUAGAAAGAGAAAGACUGAGAGAAAGGACUAAUUUCCAAACAAAAAUACCGUGAGUCUUGAAGUUUAGUGGGAUUUAUGUGUUUGUAGGUUCUCCUGUCGUGGCGACCAGUCGCUCACUUUGAAUUUUAGUUGGCAGUCUUACUCUCUAUUUUUGACUAUUUGAUUGAGUGUGGCGCGUUUUAGAUAAAAUAAGUUGACAGCGUGCCAGGGAUGUCGAUGAAACUGAAGUUGUGCGUGCCAUGGAUUUGAAUUAUCCAAGGGGGUUCAUAUUGAAUGUAAUUUAGCUAUCUGUGAGCAGAGGUCGAAUCGUUAAGCAAGAGCGGAUUCAUUCCAGCUGUGAAUCCACGAAUCUUUCAGGUCGACGAGCUCAUUGUGCAGCAUAUCUUUCAGCAGAUAUCAGAGGCUAAGUAGUGUCCCUCUCAAGUGACUUUGUGCGUGCAGUGCAGUCUUUUUCUCUCCACAUGGGAUCAUAGCUGCGUCCACACGUCUUGCUCUCUUCCAUGUCCAUACUGUGGUCCAUUUUAAGCUCAGUGGACCCCAGUCUCGAUAAACUUGUCGGGGACUUGCGGGCAUGGGAGAAGCGACCCCUGCUCAGUCUGCAGCAGGGGUAUUCGUACCCAUGUUGGGAGUCGGUUUAGGAACUAUGCCCGGUGGAGUCGUCAACGGGCCGGUGGUGGCAACCUCCAGAGGCUCCGCGGUGCCCCAGCUGCACAACGCCAUAGUGGAGCGCUUGCGCGCCCGGAUUGAACUGUGCAGGAGGCACCACUCCACCUGUGAGAACCGCUACCAGAGGGGUCAGGCCGAGAGCUCGGACCGGGAACACGAGAAUACGCUUCAUCUGCUCAACAUAGUCCACCAAGGGCCCGGGAACCGAAAGACAAAGGGCAACCGGGGAUCGAACCAGCAACCUCCAGAGUACAGCAGGGCCAACGGAGAGCAGAAGGGCUCAGAGGGCGAGCAGAAGAUUUCCACGCGCAUAGCGCUUCAAGGAUCUUUACGAAGGAAGAUCGAGGGACAUGCACCCGGACACGUACCAAAGCAGAAUGGGCUCUCCUGUGGAUUCCCUGGAUCAGACUUUAAGCGGGUCCGUGUGGACACUGGUGGUCUGGGCCACGGGCCCUGCAACCAUAACCUCACCCAGUCUCAUUCUCUGCAAGGGCCCUCAACCAUGGACAUGCAGAGGAAGAAUUACAUGCUGCCACACGGAGUGGGGUCCGACAUUUUCAACAUGACCCUAAAAGAAAUGAAAAAAGAGCCCUCUGAGGUCCAGUCCUGUGGCCAGCCAAGCACAGAGAUGAUCUUUGACUACAAAGAUGAAGGUGGUGGUCAGAUUGACCCAGAGCUGCAGGAUCUUUUUGAUGAGCUGACAAAGACAGUUCCAACACUGAAUGACCUGGAGUUUGAGAAGAUGCUGAAGCAGGAUGAUACAUUUGGUUUGGAUCUGGGGAGGCCAAGCUCAGCAGGAGCUGCUGCCAGCCUGUGUUCCCCAAUGGAGAGGCCGAUUAAGAUGGAGCAAUCCCCAGAUUUUGGCCAGGUUCAUGGUGGCUCACCUCAGCUUCGACCAGCAUCAGCAGGACCUUCUUUCACACUGACCAGCACCUCUUCUACCACCACGUCGCAGAAAGCUAACACCCAGGCAGGGCAGCCCAGAGCCAUGCCCUGCUGGCCAGAAAUAUCUCACGCAGAGCAGCUGAAGCAGAUGGCAGCAAACCAGCAGCAGCCGGGCUCUCUGCUCCAUCACCACCAUCCAACACCACCUGCAGGAUUGACCAGCUGGGCUCCUGUCAUGAGUACCCACUCCUCCACCAGCGCCUUCCCCCAGGACAAAGUCUCCAGUCCUGCCCCGCUUAGCCAGCAACGGAUCGGCUCUCAGAGUAAAGGUAUCCACAACUGCCUCUUCAAGUCAAAUGGUCAGAAUGGCUCCAGCCAUUUGGACAUGAAGGUUCUCAGCACCAAGCCAACACUGCACUUCAGCCCCAAAGCACCUCAUUCUGCCAGUCAGCCGAUGCCUAUCAUGGCAAGCUCAGUGAACAAGACUUCAGCCCAGCAGCAGCAACAGUCACCAUCCACCGGCCAGAAUCAACCACAGUCAGCUCUCCACUUCCAGAACCAACAAAUCUCCACGUCGGGGUCUCUCUGUCUGCAACCCAAGUGUGUUCCCGCAGGGCUGCCAUUUAAACUGUCACAACAGCGGCAGGGUGUUCAUACUGGUCCAAGGAUGCCCACCAAUGGAAGCUUAGGGGUCAUGUCAGCUCAGUCGCAACCACGGCCCUCAGCACCCAACAACCAGCAGAAAGGCCAAGCCAAAACUCAAGCCAUGCAGAGACAGCUCAAUCAACAACAGCACACCAUUAACAAUUCAGAUAAAGACAAUGCACAUGAUCAGUUCAGCCGUCAUCUCACAAGGCCACCACCUGAUUACAAGCAGUCGAGAAGCGUGGUGGGAGUUCAGCAAGGAAACAUCUUCACAGAUCAGACCCCCUCCCAGUGUUCCAGCAAUGGCCCUGACAGUGACUUACAGUCCAUGUCUUGUCACCUCCCGAGUAGACCUGGUUCAAAGAUGAGUCCUUCGCCUUCAGACCGCAGAUUUGGUAUCGGAACUGACUGUCAUCAGAGUCCUUGUAUCAGCCAGUUCCAGCAGCAUAACAAUCACAAUCGAAUUGGACUCAAUCAAAGUAAGGCUAGGUUCCUGGGGCCAAACCCGCAUGGGAAUUCAUUUGGUAUGAAUAAUGUAGCAGGUGUACAACACCCAAGAACGGCGCCUGACCUGCAUUCCUCGGGGGUACCAGGACAGGGCCUCGGAGGCCUGAUGAGAAACGCCAGCAUGGGCUGGAGCUCGGCCAACAAGCAAGUGACAACUGGACUCAGUGUUAGGCGGCUACCCAACCCAUUACAGUCUCAGGGUGCACAGCUGGACAUGCCAAACCACUUGUACCAACAAAGACACAUUGGUCCUCCCAACCAGGUAGCACCUGACAUCGGGAUGCUCCCUUCGAUAAGAGAUGCGGGCCCAAGACCAAGCCAGCCAAUGAUGGGAUCUCCAUCAGCAGUGGGCAACCUGAAUCAGGCCUCUCCUGAACAGAGGGUACCAGCAGGCAACUUUGCAGAGCCCAGUCCUAGCACGAGCAGCUACCACAAUAACCGGGCCAACCGUCUGACCUUUGACUUCCUGCCCGAGGGAGACAACACAGUUCCAGGGAUCAACACAGACUCAGACUUCAUAGACUCUCUGCUCAAGUCUGGCUCUGGGAACGAUGAUUGGAUGAAAGAUAUAAAUUUGGAUGAGAUUCUGGGCAGUCACUCAUGAAUUUGGGUCUCUGAUAGCUAAAACCUGACCCACAGCUCAAAUUACAGAGGUUAUGGAUGUAAGAUGAGAUUGGUGACAUUUUUUAAAUAAUGUUAAAAUGGAAUUUUGUAAACUCAUAUUAUUUGUUAUCUAAGUAUACUGAAAUGUUUUGUAUUGUAGUUACUGUGAAAGGAAUUUGUGUUCUGUCCUUAGUACUCAGCAUAUUUUAUUCCUGGUAUAUUGGCCAAGAAACUGCUUUUCUUUGCAGUCCCUGUUUUUGUGGUCUCUUUGUCAUAACACUCAUGCUGUAGUGCUGUCAUAUAGGAUACAAUACCAAAUUCACACUGUGAAAAGAAAACAUCGCUGUGUUGCUUUCAUCUUGGUUUUCCAAGUUAAGUUUCUAAAUCUUGCAUCCACUAUUUUGCAUGAUGUGGUAUUUACCUUAACAAGUUCUGCUGCCAUACACACACAGAAUCUUGCCACAACAGAUGUUUUCUUACCUAUUGUUCAAGCUUUUUCAUCUGUGGUAGUUUUCGAUGCAGUUUAAGAUAAUGUAACCUUUAGUUUUUUUUCAUGUUAUAUUUAAUAAUUAUUGGGAUAGUAAGGAUACAUUAUAAUACAUGUAAUAAAUAAAACUUAUUUGAAUAAAUGAA